AUGCCGGCGUUGUCCUUCAAGUUUAACAACACAGACCCAAUUUCUGGCCAUGAAUUGGAUGAUUCUGCACAAUUUAUUUCUUCUGUCUGUUGGCGUGUUAAUGUCCAAGAUUCCGACUCCACCAAAUUGCACGAGAAGAGCAAAAAUUUUGGUCCGUGGUUACAUGCACAGACAGCUCCCAAACAUACAUCCCGUAGAGAAGAUAUUGGCGUUUUAAAAACUGGGGCCACUGCCAAAAUUCCCUCUAAUAACGGUUCACGUUUUACUGUGCUAAAUGAUGAAGAGCAAAAGGGUUCUCGGGCAACAGCAGUCCAAAAUCCAAAUUCCCUCUUCACGGGCCAUGCAAGGAUAUCCUAG